AUGGCGUCGCUCGUGCUUUUUAUCUGUCUCUUGUUAUUUCUACAUAAUAUCUCUCAGUCGGCCGAAGCCACGGGCUCAUUGGUUAACUUAGGUUAUGCCAAAUACAAGGGUGUACAAAACCCAGGAGGGAUUACUCAUUGGCUUGGAAUGCGAUAUGCGGCACCUCCGUUGGGAAAUCUUCGAUUCGCCGCACCGGAGGAGCCAGUGAAAGAGAGAAAACAACAACAUGCGAAUAAAUUUGGCUUCAGCUGCCUGUCAACUAAAACUAUUCCUCGAAAACAAACCUCAGAAGACUGCCUCUUCAUUAAUGUUUAUGCUCCAUCAAAUGCCAAUGCGGACUCUAAGCUCCCUGUUUAUUUCUAUAUUCAGGGCGGCGGAUUCAACGCUAAUGCCGGCGGGCGUAUCAACGGUACGGGCCUCAUCAAAGCCUCGGGCAUGAAGAUUAUCGUUGUGACUUUCAACUAUCGUGUGGGGCUUUACGGCUUCCUCGCAAGUAAAGAGAUCAAGGAAAAGGCUAGCUUGAACAAUGGCCUAAAAGACCAAAUGAAGGCUCUUGAGUGGGUUAAAAAGCAUAUUAAACAGUUCGGUGGAGACCCUGACCAUGUCACAAUCGGAGGAGAUAGUGCUGGUGCAGCUUCUGUAUACUAUUUUCUCACUGCUUUCGGGGGCAGAAGCGUUGACACUUUCCAUGCGGUCGCAGCAGGUUCUCCUUCGUUCGGAACACAGCUCAACGUCCAAGAAAGCCAAUACAUGUAUGACAAUCUUGUUGAAAACACAAAAUGCAAUGGCAAAGAUUCCCUUGCCUGUCUCCGCAGGGUAAAUGUAAUAGAUAUGCAGAAGCUCGACAAGCGAUACCCUCUCCCUGGUGGCAAUGGUCCGCCACUGUUCAUGUAUAGCCCAACCAUAGACAAUGAUAUAAUCAGGGACUAUACCUACAAACUGAUCUCGAACGGAAUGUUCAAAAAGGUCCCUAUGAUAUUUGGCUCAGACAGUAACGAAGGCACUGUCUUCGUUCCAAGGAUGACAAACAGCUUCAAAGAAUCCGACACGUUCCUGAAAAACCAAUUCCCAGCGAUGAAGGAAAAGCACUUCGAGAAGAUCCAUGACUUGUACCCCAAGACCAACGAUGUGUUUCCUGGCGCUAAAAGCUAUGGCGCAUACUGGCGCCAAGGAAGCAACGCCUACGGUGAAAUGCGAUACAGCUGUCCCGCCAUCAUCCUCACUCUUGCAGGUAGUACAUAUGGGGAUCCGAAUAAAACAUGGAAUUUUCACUAUGAUGUUGAGGACCCUCCAGCCAUGAAAAGCGGCAUCGGAGUCGGCCACACGGCUCACGUUCCCGCUAUUUGGGGCCCAGAGUACGGCUACGGACCCGCCUCAUACAAGGACAAGGGUGUUAAUGCGCCGAUUGUGCCUGUUGUGCAAGGAUACUGGACAAGCUUUAUCCGCAGCUUUGAUCCGAAUAAAUAUCGAGCCAAGGGCAGCCCCGUUUGGGAAACUGUCACCACUGCGAAGACUGGCAAUGCGCUCCAUCAGUUAUACGUCAAAACAGGCGAGACGAAGACAAGAUUGAUGGACGAAGAUCAACUAGAGAGAUGUCGGUAUUUGUUUCGUGUUGGUGCUGAGCUCAAAAUGUGA